GCAUUCACAAUCUGAGGUUUGUCUCUCACCUAUUCGGAAGAUUACAUCCGAGACGGGCAGAUUGGGAGGGAAGGCCUUGCAAAUUAAUUUGCAUAGCGGGACGCAGAAAUGGGCCGUGAUGUGGUGUUAAAGGCGAUAUGAAGCUGGAUAGCGCAGGGAUCAGAAUUGCUGGAGAGUUCAAGAGCGUUUGCAUUAGGGGUGAUGGGGGCAGAAGAUUUCUGAAACCCGUGAGAUUCCUCCUGCUGGGUCAGACGGAACCGAUGAAGGCGACCGCAUCCGCCGCAUCCCAGAAUAACUCGACCGUGAUUGAGAGCUCACCCAUCAGCAAAGCAGCAGUGAAUGAAAUGAGGAGGAAUUUGAUGCAUGCAUGAAAAUCUGACACUGGUGCACCACUGCUGGCCUCUUUCACGCCGCGUAAUGGAAAUAGCAGGAUAACGGUAUUCCAGCGGCUUUUUGCUCCGAAUGGCAGCGGCACCGAAAUAAACGGGUCAGCCGUGAGCACGUGUUUUUGAACUAGGCAUUUGUCUGAUCAGAUUCGGCGGAAUGAUGUUUUUGAGAUGUCACCGGAGCAAGUAUAUAUGGGCCACUCUGGGUGUGUUGGCGUUGUUGUGGCUCUACAUCUUCCCCGUGUACCGGAUACCCACCGACAAAGAAAUGGUGGACGAGGUUCUGCGGCAGGGACAAACGUGGACCAGAAACCAAACAGGAGUGGAUCUGUACAGGAAACUGUUGACAGAAUGCUGUGAUCCAAAGAGGAUGUUCGCUGUUACUAAGGAGAACUCGCCACUAGGCAAAGUCUUGUGGUACGAUGGGGAGAUCUACCAUUAUCACACGGUCACCAAUGAAACCUACCCAUUCUUUGUUCAGGAUACACCAUUGCAGCUUCCUCUGAAGAAGUGUUCGGUUGUGGGCAAUGGAGGGGUCCUAAAACACAGUGGUUGUGGAAAAGAAAUUGACCAAGCUGACUUUAUCAUGAGAUGUAACCUUCCUCCUCUGUCCAAAGAGUACACUACUGACGUUGGUACAAAAACACACCUGGUGAGCGCGAAUCCUAGCAUUAUUGAAAAGAACUUUCAGAACCUACUAUGGUCACGUAAACCCUUCGUAGAGAGUAUGAAGGUGUAUGGUUCCAGCUACAUCUAUUUACCAGCGUUCUCCAUGAAGCCUGGCACUGACCCCUCCCUGCGGGCAUACCACGCCCUCGCAGACUCCGCCUCCAACCAGACUGUCCUCUUUGCCAACCCGGACUUCCUUAAAAAUGUCGGUCGAUUCUGGAAGAACCACGGCGUCCAUGGGAAACGGCUGUCCACAGGGUUGUUUCUGGUGAGCCUUGCUCUUGGCUUGUGUGAAGAGGUGACCGCUUACGGUUUCUGGCCGUUUUCGGUAGGGCUUGACGAGCGACCGGUCAGCCACCACUAUUACGACAACAUUCUCCCAUCCUCGAGAUUUCACGCCAUGCCUGAGGAGUUCCUGCAACUCUGGCACUUGCACAAGAGCGGCACGCUGCGUAUGCGGGUUGGCGAUUGUGCGAGAGAAGGACAGGAGUCUAAGCGGGAAAAAUAAGUGGAAGUGUUGCCAGGGGCAACUCCAUUAUAUCCCCACAGGAGCAGGACGGCCAUCCUGUGAUUAGCAUGAGAAUACUGUGGGUUGUGAUACUCAAACCCCCAAAGCUGGGCCUCUCUUUUGGUGUCUAUAUGCUUGAACCUCAACUGCUACCAACACACUCCGCCCUCUUGUUGCCAAGGGACUGUUUUAAAGACUUGCAUGUGUACCCAUCCUCACGUAUGCGCUCACUGGAAGCUUGUUGUGUCCGUCUGUAGAAGUACCAGGGUGAUGAGGGGCUCAGGUGUCAUGUGACCUAUUUAAACUGCAUCCACCAGCAGUUGAACCCUUGAAUCCAAGGACUAUUUGUUCGCUUAAUAUAAAGGGGAGGGGCUGCUUCAAACAAUGUCUUAAGAACGUUAAAUGGGAGCAAUGCUUUGAUCGUGGUAUAUUUUUGUUUUGUCUUGAACACUGAUUCUUCUGAGGAAAUAAGGGAUAAUGUGAAAAUCUUUCAGCCAGCGUUCGCAAAAAUACAAAUCAGUGUAAAAAUACAGGUUUAGCCUGGAAAAGGGAAGUUGGGCAUUGAAUGUACAGCCACAGUUUAAAAACCUGUUUCAAAUUUUGAGACCGGUUUAAAGUGAAAACUGCGGUUCAUGUAUUAUUGUGAGCAGUUUUCUAGUUUUAUUUAUUUGUAACAUUCAUUGAAGUAGGACGUUUACUGAGAAUCAUCUUUGUCAGUCUAGAAUAGUUGUGACACUCAUUUCCUACACGACCAUAGUGUUUCAUCAAGUUUUGAAUGGAAAGUCGUGGGCUGAGGUUUCCACAUUUAUUUGGAAGACUUCCACAAACCAGAUGGAGGCCAAAUGUUGUAGAAGAGUGAGUGAACUGUUUGUGUACAAAUGGAAAAAGUACGAUUCGCGGUGACUUUUGUGGCAGCAUCUUUAAUUAUUAUUUGUGUAAUUGUAUGUGUUUGAAUUCAGUCAUUAGAUGUUACGCAGUGGUGGAACGAGCCCCCGUCACACGGUUGAAGGGGCACCAAUCAUAAGAUAAACUUUUUUUGCCUGCUAAGGUGCUGGACACCUGGUCCGGAACGUGUAAAUACUUAAUCACCAGUUUCGUUACUGUUUCCACAAGGAUCAUGGGUUCUCUGAAUGUAACGGCAGCCGUUUUGGUAGUCUGCCCAGUAACUUGUUUCCUUGACUUAUUUUUUUGUUAAACUGCACAGGGAAUUAGGUUUAAAUUUGUAGGUGCUAGCUGUAACACUUGCACUCCAGCUUAGUCUUUAUAUAUCAUCGCUGACA